CAUAGCUCCACAUUCCAAACCACCCUUCUUUGUGCUACAUUAAUAUCCUGCCAUCUGCCACCACCACCUCCGCCACAAAAUGGAGAGUUCUUCUUCUACCCCCACCACCUGGACCACCUAUGCACUGGCGUCGCUUGCAACGGUGGUUAUCGCCCUCCUUGCCAAGCGUUUCCGUCAGAAAAAACUCAACCUCCCACCGGGUCCAAAGCCCUGGCCUAUCAUUGGAAACUUGAACCUCAUGGGCACCCUCCCUCAUCGUUCCAUCCAUCAACUCUCCCUAACAUAUGGUCCCCUAAUGCAACUCCGUUUUGGCUCCUUCCCGGUGGUGGUCGGCUCCUCCGUGGAGAUGGCCAAAGUUAUCCUCAAGACCAUGGACGUCACUUUUGCGGGGAGGCCCAAAACUGCAGCCGGAAAAUACACCACUUAUAAUUACUCCGACAUCACUUGGUCCCCUUACGGACCAUACUGGCGCCAGGCGCGUAAGAUGUGCCUCAUGGAAUUGUUCAGCGCAAAAAGACUGGAAUCGUACGAAUACAUUCGAGUGGAAGAAAUGAAUUCACUUCUGCAGGGGCUGUUCAAAUCAUCGGGCAAGCCUGUCUUGUUGAAAGAUUAUCUCUCAACAGUGAGCUUGAACGUGAUUAGCAGGAUGGUGUUGGGAAAAAGAUACUUGGACGAGUCUGAUGCGAACUCAAUUAUCACGCCUGUCGAGUUCAAGAAAAUGCUGGACGAGCUGUUCUUGCUGAACGGUGUCCUUAACAUCGGCGAUUCGAUACCUUGGCUCGAUUUCUUGGAUUUGCAGGGGUAUGUUAAGAGGAUGAAAGUCUUGAGCAAGAAAUUCGACGGGUUUCUGGAGCAUGUCCUGGAUGAGCACAACGCCCGGAGGAAAGACGAAAAGAAUUACGUAAGCCAGGACAUGGUGGACGUCCUUCUGGACCUGGCCAGCGAUCCCAAUCUGGAGGUGAAGCUAGAGAGGCACGGAGUCAAGGCAUUCACUCAGGACCUACUUGCCGGUGGAACCGAGAGCUCAGCGGUGACAGUAGAAUGGGCCAUCUCAGAGCUACUGAAAAAGCCAGAACUAUUCGGAAAAGCAACCGAGGAGCUCGACCGGGUUAUUGGUCAGAGCCGAUGGGUGACGGAGAAGGACAUCCCAGACCUUCCUUACAUAGAGGCUAUUGUUAAAGAAACAAUGCGUAUGCACCCCGUGGCACCAAUGCUGGUGCCCAGGUGUGCUCGCGAAGAUUGCAAAGUUGCAGGGUACGAUAUCCAGAAGGGGACUCGAGUUCUCGUUAAUGUCUGGACGAUUGGGAGGGACCCUGCAUUGUGGGAGAAACCCGAGGAAUUUUACCCCGACAGAUUCGUUGGAAAGGACAUUGAUGUCAAAGGGCACGACUACGAGCUGUUGCCAUUUGGUUCUGGAAGAAGAAUGUGCCCGGGUUACAGUUUAGGCCUCAAGGUUAUCCAAUCCAAUUUGGCCAACCUUUUACAUGGAUACAAAUGGAAGUUGCCAAAUGAUAUGAAGCCUGAGGAGUUGGACAUGGAUGAAAUCUUCGGGCUUUCAACACCAAGAAAGAUCCCGCUUGUUGCAAUUGUUGAGCCUCGGCUUCCUCGUCAUCUUUAUUCGCUAUGAUUUGCGACGUGUGCUGCGGAUCACAAUCAGACUCUGCUCAAAUAAAACAGAACUGCGAGUUUAAAAUUUGGAGCUGCACUUAUAUAUAUAUAUUUAUAGCAGUAUAUGUUUGCCACCAGAAGCCCUUUGUAGUUGGUGGUUGUGCCAAUUCUGCGCAAUUGUGUGGUGUGUUUCUUUCCUCUUUCGCACGCAGGCCUGUACCAGAUUGAAUGAAUUUGUGAUUAAUGAUCCACCAACCUAAAAACGUCUUUUCCUGAU